UGUGACGUACAUUUGACCUGACAGCUGUAACGCAGUAAAAGUUGGCAGGAGUUAGCAACCUGUGACUAAAAAUGAUUUUAAUGGGGAAUAUAUAUUGAAAUUAAAUGUAAAUAAGUUACUUGAAAUUUCAUAAACGGCGGUCUUGUUAAACAAAAAAAAUCGUUGCGGCAAACAAUCAUUGGACGGGAGCUAUCUUAACACUAAGUGGCUAACGCUGUCAAUAUCGCAUUAGCGCUAUCAGUGCUAUUGAAUGGGUGUGCGAUAGGGGAUUUAAUCUUUUGUCAAACAACGUCAGUGUCCCUUUUGUACAUUGUAGGUGUUAAUGUUGCGAAUGUGUGCUAGGCCUUAGCUUUAGCCAAACUAGCACUGCAAGAGCCAGCUCGGGUCAGCUGACAAGUCUUGAGUGUCAACAACAGUGAUGGAUCAACUCGAAGUCAAGGACCGCAUUUUGGAAAACAUCUCUCUUUCCGUCAAGAAGUUGCAGAGUUACUUUGCAGCGUGUGAAGAUGAGGCUCCAGCCAUCCGAAAUCAUGACCGUGUUCUACAGAGGCUCUGCGAACACCUUGAUCAUGCGCUGUUGUAUGGGCUUCAGGAUAUUUCCUCAGGCUACUGGGUUCUAGUCCUUCACUUCACCAGGAGAGAGGCCGUGCGCCAGAUAGACGAGCUUCAACACAUAGCGACAAACCUCGGACGAAGUCGGGCAUGGUUAUACCUGGCAUUGAGUGAGAGCUCUUUAGAGAGCUACCUGCGGCUUUUCCAAGAGAACCAGGGACUGCUGCAGAAGUAUUACUUCAAGAAUGCAUUAGUGUGCAGUCACGACCACCUGACACUCUUCCUCACGCUGGUGGCCGGACUGGAGUUCAUUCGAUUCGACCUGGAGCUGGAUGUGCCAUAUUUGGACGUGACCCCUUACAUGCCAGACUACUAUAAACCACACAACCUGUUGGACUUUGAGGAAAGGCUGCCCAGUUCAGACAGUUUAUCCCUGCAUUCCUUCACUUCCCUGACCUCCACCAACCUGGAGUGGGAUGACAGUGCCAUCGCCCCCUCGAGUGAAGAUUAUGAUUUUGGUGACAUCUUCCCCGUGUUGCAGGCAAUGCCAAGUGCAGACUGGGAAGAAGGCGACCUCACCGACCAGGCCAGCUGCCCAAGGUCCAGUGGCUCCGAUCCCUUAACUGUCAUCAGCGACACAGUGGUCCCAAACGCCGGCAAUGUCAAGGUGAAGGUUGGCUCUCGUCUAUCGCCACACAGCCCCACUUCCAGAUAUAAUCCCUUCAAUGAGGACUCAGAUGCCAACACCUCAGCUGAUGUGACACCAGUUCACGUCCCAAGCCGUUACAUCAACACUGCAGGAGACGAUACAGAGAGCACCAACAACGAACUGGAAGUCAUUCGAAUGGCAACAAGAAGGAAACCAGGCAAGAAACGACGUGGGAAGAGCGCCACAGAUCUCGCCAGCAGCAUCCAUAACUCUUUAUCAUAUGAGCACAUAGAAAUUGACAAUGCCGUCCAGAGCUCAAAGGAUGUAGAUGCUUUGAAUGGCACCGUAAUCCACCUUGACCGUGAGACAGAAACAGGGAGGGGCAAAGCCGGAAAAGAGGUGGCGGGGGAGGAACUUGAUGACGAUGGGGUGGAGGCCCUGCUAAGGCUUCCCGAGGUGACAGACACCUCCAUGGAUUCAGUUGGCCAACCCCUGCGAGAUGUCAUGGACAGACUUAAUGGUGCUCUGGAUGGAGACGAGGUCUGGGAUCACCCGAAGUAUGAGGAGAAACACGGAGGUGAUCGGGCAUCAGAGCCUCCUGCACAGCAGCCCUUUCGAGAAGAUUCCGGGGGGGAGCCUCCUGACCCAGUAUCGGGAGAGCAGUUCCAUCUCACUGUGGCCCCAAGCCCAAACCUGCAGUUCUCUUCAGCAACUCAAGACUUAUUCUGCCUUACCCCCAGCAGUACAGACUCUGCUCCCACAGGUGGUGGCUACCAUGACGCUACAGAGCAAAGCCAGUCACAGACUCUAUCAGGUGGCUAUGAAGAUCAAAGAGAGGCAACAACACCAACAGGACAGGAAUCCAACAUGAAAAAGGGGGAUGAUAAUAGUGCAGAAAAUGGCAAAAUGACUUGUGAUGAUGCAGAAGUUGAAGAGGAGAAGCUUAGUCCCUCAGAAAUUCAUCAUCCGGCUGAGUUUAAGGUGGACAACAACCACUUACUACUCCUCAUGAUCCAUGUAUUCAGAGAGAAUGAAGAGCAGCUCUUCAGGAUGGUGAGGAUGAGUACAGGCCAUAUGGAGGGAGACCUGCAGCCUCUUUACAUGUUGCUGACUGACUGUUACAUCUACCUGCUUAGGAAAGGUGCUGCAGAGAAGCCGUACACUGUGGAAGAUGCCGUUUCAUACAAUGAGCUUGACUACCUUUCAGUGGGGCUUGACCAACAGACAGUGACCAUCGUUUGCACUAAUCGAAGAAGGAAGUUCCUGUUGGACACAGCUGAUGCCUCUCUAACUAUAUGGUUCUUGUCAGUUCUAAAGUCUGCCAUGGUGAAUGGUUGUCGAGAGCCCCCAUUUCCCUCCAUCCUGACUGAUGCCACCAUGGAAAAACUUGCUCUCACCAAGUUUGUCUCCCAAGAAUCUCAUUGUGAGGUUUCUGAGGUUUCCAUACAUUUAUAUUCACUGGUCCACUGGGAGGAUCCUAUGGAUGUGAUCUUGUCCCCCCAAGGGGACACACCAAACUUUAAAUUACCGUCCAGCACGAAGGAAGGGAUGGUGCAGUACAGGGCAGGAUCCACAUACCUGGGCAAGGAGCUGUGGAAAAGCUGCUACCUUGUCCUCAGCAAUGGCAUACUGUAUCUCUAUUCAGAAAGAACUGAUGUGACGCCUCUGCUCUCUGUUACUAUGGGUGGAGAAUACUGUGGAGGCUGCCGUCGCUCACACAGCACAGAGCGUCCUCAUGCAUUUCAAGUCAUCCUGACUGAGCGCCCCCCUCUGGAACUCAGUGCCAACAACGAACAGGACAUGGCUGACUGGAUGCAACUGCUCUGCCAGUCUGUCUCUAAAGGAGUCAUUCCUCAAGGUGUGGCUCCAACCCCAUGUAUCCCAUGUUGCUUGGUUGUGACGGAUAACAAACUGCUGACUUGCCAUCAAGACUGUCAGACCAGCUUCUUCCGCUCGCUGGGCAGUGCUAAUAUCUGUGACAUCACAGCCGUCAGCAUUGAGUCCAACAUGGAGUACUGUGUCAUUGAGUUUGCCAUAGACCGUGAUCACUUCCUUCCACCGUGGGUCUUGUACUUCAGUGGAUGUGAAGAGCGAAAUCGGCUUCUGCAGGUCUUGGACAGCGCGUGGAGAAGCAUAUUCCAGGUGGCCCUCCCCCAAAAAGAGGUGUCCGAGCCAUCGGUACAGAAGCGCUGCAGUGAAGCCCUUGCUUUAAUGAAGAGCGCGUGGCAGCGGGCAGACAGUUUGGCUCGAGGCCGGGCGCAGCGUGAUCCUUGGUGCUGACACGUACACACAUGCGCACACAUAUGCACACUAUUGUCAGUAAUAUCACCCUGAUAUGUGCUCAGGAUAUGCUAAUGACAGCAUUAACACUGAAACACUACGAUCAGAGGACACAGGGCUGUUGCUCACUUUCACUGCCGGAAUGUUGGUCUGUAGCAGCACAAAUGUCCCAUCAAAGAAGCUUGGCUGCUGUUUUCUAGUGAAUGGAGUCAACAGUUACCUUUUGUGAUUUUUUUCCCCGUACAAACGUAAACUCCAGUUUUGGAGAGUGGCACACCACAUUAUUGUAGAUGAUACUGUUACAGUGCUUGCUGCACAAAAAAGUGAUACCUAAGCGCUCAAGACAAUUCCAGUCUUCCUGAGCAUAUUAUACUCAUGUUGACCAAUAUUGCCCAUGCAUCGUCCCAAAUUGCUGCAGAUACAACUCUGUAUGCUUCCCAUUUGCACUCACUUGUUCCAUGUUUCCUCCUCACGCAUCCUGCCUUUUACCACCCUGAUAUCAGCAUGUUCGCCUUUUGCUCUUACUUGUAAACGCUUCCAUGCAGCCUUGCACAUAGUUUUACAGCGGUACGAAUUACGUGCUCUUGUAUGUGUACCGUAGCGGCCGCUACAUCAUACAGUAUGGCGUGUGUGCAUGUGGCCUUACUGCUGCUGUCACCGUGAGGCUCAAUGUAGACAUUAAGCUUCUUUUGCUGUGACAAUGUUGCCUUUGUGCGAUAGCCUUUGCCACCAGCGACAUUGAAAUGAAACACUGUUUCUUCUUUCCUUUUUAGUCGAUGCCUUACGCAGCACAAUUCAUGUCUUUGAGGUCAUCAGAAAAACAAUUAAUUCUCAACGGUCAUAAAUCAAACCCGAUUCAUAUAUAUUUCACUUAUUGACAUACAUGCUCUCUUGUCAAGUGCUUUAAAUUUUUCCAAGUACCACUUGAUAACCUCUGAUGCCCUUUUAUGAAGAAUACUAAUCUCAGGUGAAAACAGUACAUUACAUCCAAUAUUGAGCACUUUUUUUCCUUUUUUUAAAUGGCUGCUCAUUUUAGUUGCGUUAUUUUAAUGUCCAUAUUCAUCGUAUGUGCAGUGAAAUAUAUGGGGGUAUUUUGUGUAUAAAGAAGACAAUGCCAGGAGAAAGAAUGUAAAAUACUGUAUUAAAAUUAUAGUCAGUUGGCUUUCACAUGUCAUUAAUUGGACCCAGAUUUAUUUUCUAUCAUAUAUAUGAUAGAAAAAAUAUCUAUGAUACUUUUUUUUUUUUAGAUUGUGACCGACUCUAAAGAUAUAAGUAAAAGUGAACAUAAUAAUCAUCCCCUUGUAUGGGACGUACAGAUGCAGGUUGGGCUUACUUUGAAAGUUUUAGUCCACGUUUAUGGUGUGUAAUUUGCUAAGAUGUCAUGUACGUAGAUAAGUCAGUGUUGUAUGCGACACAUUGCUGGCCAAUGAUUUUUGACAUCCUUUCCAUGAUCCAAAAAUGCAUCUUUAGAUUUUUAAUUUCCACGUAAAAAAACAUACUUAUGUGUAUUUUGUUUUAUUUGGUUGUAAAUGCAGCAUAGAACUUACACUCUCACACAGAGGUUUUUUUAUAUUGUUUGUUGUGCUAAUGAUUGAGGGGAAAAAUAACCUUGUGAAAGAAAAGGCAUAACAGAAUAAAGCGGGGGGGUUGGACAACAAUUGUGUGUAUUUCAUUGUAAAUCCUUAGGCCCAGCAGAACAAAGAACAUAGUGGACACCGAAAUGAGAAACAUUGAUCAAAUGGGUAUGCUGGAGCCUAUCCCAGCUGACUUCGGGAGAGAGGCGGGGUACACCCUGGACUGGUCGCCAGCCAAUCACAGGGCACAUAUAGACAAACAACCAUUCACACUCACAUUCAUACCUAUGGACAAUUUGGAGUCACCAAUUAACCUAGCAUGUUUUUGGAAUGUGGGAGGAAACCGGAGUACCCGGAGAAAACCCACGCACACACGGGGAGAACAUACAAACUCCACACAGAGAUUCCAAGCAGAGAAUCGAACCCAGGUCUUCCCGAUUUCCUGACUGUGUGGCCGCAAUAAACUAUAGUAUAUAAGUGCA